AUGAUUUGGCUUCCUGACGUUCUGUUGUACAACAGCGCUGAUGACUAUACGUCGGGUUACAUGCCAAGUUUGGCCAUGGUCUACAGCACAGGUCGAGUGUUCUGGGGUCCAGUCGUGCGUUUUCGCAGCUCUUGUAGGAUCGACAUCACAUACUUCCCUUUCGACGAUCAGGUCUGCCGUCUCAAACUCGGUUCGUGGGCCUAUAACGGUCUCCAGGUGGACGUGAUGAACAGGUCGAAUACCAUCGACCUGACAAACUUCGUGGACAACGGUGAAUGGGAACUGGUAAGCGUCAAGGUGCGGCGUAACGUCGUCUACUACGCCUGUUGCCCGGAGCCCUUCCCGGAUGUCACGUUCUACGUGCACCUACGCAGACGCAUCAAAUACUAUUUGAUGAACCUGAUCAUCCCUUGUAUAAUCCUGUCAAUUCUCUGCCUAGCAGGAUUCUUACUUCCCCCCGAGAGCGGAGAGAAAGUGACCCUCGGUCUGUCCGUCCUACUCACUCUCACUGUGUUCAUGUUGAUGGUAGCGGACAAAAUGCCACAAACAUCGGAAUCCAUAUCAAUAAUAGGUAAGUCGAAACCUCUUAAUCUCACUCUCUUUCUUUCACUCUCUUUUACUCUUUCCAUCCCUCACUAA